UCUGUAUAUAUAACUGUUAAAGCCAGCUUUAGCUUCAUUAAUUUCUACCCGCUCUUUCUCUCAACCCAUGUGACACUCUCCUAUAUAUGCAUAGACAGGCUAUCAGAUCUUUCUCUCUUUCAGUAAAGUAAAGACAGAAACUCUUGUUAUCAGUACACAAUGAUGUAGUGAGAUUUUGUGGGAAGAUGAAGAAGAUUAGUCUCUUCUUUAUCAAUCAUUUGGCUCUGAUUUGGGUCCUUUUUUCAGCUUCAGUUAGCUCCAUUUCAGCCCUUUCUGCACGGAAUGAUCAAGAAUCUGUCAAGAUUGUCACGGGAGAUGCUGGUUUAGGGAGGUGGAGAAAUGGAAUCUUGAGUGCUGGUGCAGAGGCCCCGGGACCGGGGACUGAGACUGUCAAGAGCACUAUUGUUUUGGCUGAGAAGAGGACCAAUAGGCCAGACAUACUUUCUAAGUUUAGACGGUAUCGAGGUGGUUGGGACAUUGCUAAUAAGCAUUACUGGGCUUCUGUUGGGUAUACAGGUGCUGCUGGCUUCAUUCUUGCUGCUAUAUGGUUUGCCUUCUUUGGUGUUGCACUUGUGGUACAUCAUUGCUCUGGGCUGUUUGUAAAAAUAACUAGCACAGAUUCACUAUGGUCACGAAGAAUAUGUUUAAUAAUGAUCAUUGUCUUCACAGUUGCCGCAAUAAUCGGAUGCAUCCUCCUUUUGGUUGGACAGGAUGAAUUUUGUGGGGAAGCACUACAUACUUUGAAUUAUGUUGUGAGCCAGUCAGAUUACACCGUGCAGAUACUAAGAAAUGUUACAGGGUUUCUGUCACUUGCAAAGACAGUAAAUGUAGCUCAGAUAGUCCUCCCUUCAGACGUAAAAGAUGACAUUGACAAGUUGAACACCGAUCUAGAUACAGCAGCAGAAACACUCUGGGAGAAAACAGAUGAAAAUUCACACAAAAUAAAAAGAGUCUUUGAUGUUGUGCGAUCAGUGUUGAUAACUGUUGCUGCAGUGAUGCUUCUUGUAUCAAUUCUUGGUCUCCUGCUAUCGCUUCUUGGUCACCGACAUGCAAUUCACAUAUUCGUUGUCAGUGGAUGGUUACUUGUCACAGUUACAUUCAUCCUUUGUGGAAUUUUUGUGAUACUUGACAAUUCAAUUUCUGAUACCUGCAUGGCCAUGGGAGAUUGGGUCGAUCAUCCUCAUGCCGAAACUGCUCUUAGCAACAUCCUUCCUUGUGUUGACCAGAGAACUACAAACAAGACACUGAUCAAAAGCAAGCAAGUUGUUAAUGACCUUGCUGAUAUUGUAAAUGGAUUUAUAGACACCUUUGCUAACCCGGAUCCACCUCGCCAGGACAACAACCCCUAUUAUUUCAACCAAUCUGGGCCUCCGGUGCCACAUCUGUGUUAUCCUUACGAUUCCAAUCAGCUUCAAGAUCGUCAAUGUGCACCUCAAGAGGUUUCUAUGGCAAAUGCUUCUCUGGUUUGGCAGAAUUACACUUGUGCGGUGUCAGAAUCUGGACUCUGCAGCAGCGUCGGGAGGCUGACUCCUGAUAUGUAUGCCCAAUUAGUUGGAACAGUCAACAUAAGCUAUGGCCUUGAACACUACGCACCGUUAAUGCUGAAUCUACAAAACUGUGAUUUUGUGCGAGCCACAUUCCGAUAUAUCACCACAGAUUAUUGCUCACCAUUAGAGAACCAUCUCCAAACCAUAAAUGCAGGUCUGGCCAUGAUCUCCACAGGCGUCUUGCUCAGUCUUGUGCUUUGGAUAAUAUAUGCAAAUCGCCCCCAAGGGGAGAAAAUAUUCGGGAGCUUUUCUUUUGGAAUUAGAGGUAGGUGCGGGAAUAAAAGUUGUAAAGAUAUGAACAAAGAUGAUGUGGCAUCGAGAACGAGCAAUGGUAGGAAUGAAGUGUAGGAAAAAUUAGAAGUAGAUAGAAAUAUGUUGGUAAUAAAUCGAUGUGUGAUUCUUUUAUAGCCCAUCUAAAUCUGGCGCGAAGCACCAUUUUGAGAUUGUGGUUAGGUGUUUGUAUAUUAGGAUAUCUGCAAUGAGACGGAGUCGAAGUUCUUACCGUGCCUUUGCAGGUCAAUUAUUCUGGUUAUGAAUACAAAGUUUCAAGCAGUGUGUUUCAACUGA